UGACGUAGAUAUCACAUCAGAUAUUAUGGCAUUCUGCCCAAACCCGUCAGUCCUACACGCGGCGCCCGCGAGAACCGUCGUGACUUGCUUACAUACAAACAUUAUGUACAUUCUCUGAUAAUAAUAUAAUCGAGCUAGUGCAGUGCGUUCGGUUCGAUUGAUAGUGCUAACUGCGCACAUAAGCGCCGACACAUCGCCCGCUUUUGUAAUAUAAACUACAAAAUCAGCUGAUACUCAUAGUGAUAGUGAGUGUUAAUCUACAUGUGGAGCCUUAGCAAUAGUGAGUGUUGUUCUCCAGAGAUGGUAUUAGAGUUGUGCUCACCAGUCAUGCGAUAGUGCGCUCCGAUGGACGCGGUGAACGGGCCGUCGCUGCGGCUUCGCGGCGGCGUCAACAACAACUGUGACAACAAGAGCCAUGAGCUGAACUUGUGCACCAGCGUCAUGUCGCCGGAGACGCAGCGGCUGCUGCCGCCGGUGACAGAGACCAUCAUGACCAAGCCGUUCCCCAUACGAGGGGAGCGCGCCAACUAUGUGAACAUUCCGCACGUAAUCGCGAUGGUGGGGCUCCCGGCGCGCGGGAAGACCUACAUCGCGAAGAAGCUCUCACGGUACCUUAACUGGAUAGGAAUUAACACUAGGGUAUUCAAUCUAGGCGAGUAUAGGCGUCACGCGACCACCGCAUACACGAGCCAUGAGUUCUUUCGCGCGGACAACAAGGAAGCGAUGGCCAUCCGACAACAAUGUGCGUUAGACGCUCUACAUGAUGUGUGUGAAUGGCUGGUCAAGGGUGAAGAGGUGGCUGUGUUUGACGCAACCAACUCGACCAUGGAGCGACGGCGCAUGAUCCGAGACAUCGUCGUGCACAAGAUGGGUUUUAAACUGUUCUUCGUCGAGUCCAUCUGUGAUGAUCCUCGGAUCAUUGAACAGAAUAUUAUGGAGGUAAAAGUGAGCAGCCCCGACUACACAAACAUCCAGAACGCGGAUAACGUCUUAGACGACUUCCGCCUCAGGAUAGAACACUAUAAAGAGAAGUAUGAACCCCUGGACGAGACCUUAGAGUCUGAAUGCAGCUUUAUGAAGAUAUAUGACACGGGCGAGAAGGUGGUGGUGCACAAACACGAGGGCCACAUACAGAGCAGGAUUGUGUACUAUCUCAUGAAUAUACAUAUUGUGCCUAGGACAAUUUAUUUGACCAGGCACGGCGAAAGCCUGCACAACCUAGUGGGCAGGAUAGGUGGGGACAGCGAACUAUCGGGGCGGGGCAGGCAGUACGCGAGCGCGCUGGCGGGCUACAUCGACGAGCAGAGCAUCCCCGGCCUGCGCGUGUGGACGUCGUGGAUGCGGCGCGCCAUACAGACCGUGAAGGACGUGCGCGCGCCGCAGGAGCGGUGGAAAGCGCUCAACGAGAUUGACGCGGGCAUCUGCGAAGAAAUGACCUACGCGGAGAUCCAACACAAGUAUCCGUCCGACUUCAACGCGCGCGACGCCAACAAGUUCGCCUACCGCUACCCGCGAGGGGAGAGCUACGAGGACCUGGUGGCGCGGCUCGAGCCCGUCAUCAUGGAGCUGGAGAGACAGGGCAACGUGCUGGUCGUGUCUCACCAGGCGGUCAUGAGGUGUCUGUUGGCCUACUUCCUUGACAAGUCCGCUGAGGACCUCCCGUACUUGCACGUCCCGCUGCACACUGUGAUCAAGCUGACGCCGGUCGCGUACGGCUGCCGCGAGGAACACAUCACGCUGUCAGUCGACGCGGUCGAUACGCACCGUCCCAAGCCCGCUGAGGAAGAAGAUGACGUCGCGUCUGGCUCGAACGUGAUCCCCGCGCCGCUCAUCAAGCCGCCCGUCCCGCCCGUCCUCAACGGCGAAACCAACGGCGAAAAUAAAGACGACUACUAGGGCUCGUGAGCUAACCGUACACGAUAUAACAGUGACCGACCGGAGUAUAGGGGCGAAAUCUAUAAUCAACUUCGACUUACAGAUCUCAGCAUCUAAGCCCGACAUCUAACAAAUCAUAGGACGCGGCGGCGUCUUAUUAGGUUUCUGGAUAAUACAUAGUACAGUCCGACAAAGUUCUUUUGGCGCGUGGCCAAAAUCGGAACUAAAGCCACUACCUUGAGAAAUGCACCUGUUGAUAGUUCGCUGUGUCGG